UCCCUCCCCAGAGUCGUCUCUCUCCCCGCUCGCUGUGACCGCUUGGAGGGGCGGAUAAGGAGGUGCAAAUCUCAUCCUUGCCUGCCCAACAAAAAUACAUACCCCGCUUAUCCCUACGGUAUCAUUGUUGACUGAUCCCCACAAGUGCAAGUUUAGCUGCCUUUUCGGGUGCCCGUUCCGUACUGUACAGUGCCAGCACAGCGCAGUGCAGUACAUACGAGCACGGGCAAUUAUCUCGGCAUCGUAUGUUUGCGUCCGUAUGUGUCCGUUCGUUGUUCGGUUACUGAAGGAUGAUGGAGACGGUCAUGACUUGGGAGCUCUGCUCUCACCUUGAGCCAACUAUAUACCAAUCCUCGGAUAUUGGAUAUGGACAUCGACAAACUCGGCUGACCUUCGCACGCGCAAACACCGAAACCUACCCGACCUCCUCACCUGUGUGCUUCCUCUGAUAAUAAAAGUGGCUCUGCCUGAGCAUCAAAGGUAUGAUAUUCCUGAUGCCUCAUCAGGAAUACCCGACCCUCGCCUUCUCCUGAAUUCUGUGCCCUACAUUUUUUGUACCGCAGCAUCUCCCCCCCCCCCCCCCGCACUUACGACACCCAUCUCCUUUGCUUAUAGGGGGGUCCGAUUCCCGGAGCCCAGCGGUGUAACACCCGUGCCAGCGAUCGAUUGAUGGAUUCCUGGCGCGUGCCGCACUGGCACAGUGCGUAUCAUACCUUACCCAACAAUCUACCGUGCUCCAGUGAUGCCUCAAUUCAGGCUGACAGCACGCUAUCGGUAGUGGGAGGGUUAGGGUAACAAGCGAGGAGCCUUGCAAUGCUUGGCGGUGCAUGUUGGCCCUCUGCUUUCUCCAGGAGCUUCCCUCCAACCCUAACAACCUCCUCCCUCACUCUUGGGACCUUCCAUUUACUUUUGAAGCAUUCUGUGGCCAAUCCUCCACUCUACCUCACUCCCCUUCAGGCAUAUAUACCAUCUAACUCUCCUGAAAGACUCUUCCUCCAAAACCUCACUCCCCCGGUAGUCCUCACCCAAAAAAAAAAUGCCACGGGGGGGUUCUGCUAAAAGGAGACAAAAGCAGAAAUUCUAUGCGGUAUACAAAGGCCGAAAUCCCGGAAUUUUUGACGAUUGGUGGCUUUUUCCACAUUCUACUGGCGAUCUUUGUGUGGCUGAUGUGCAGGUGACAGGGUCGAAACUAGAUUGCAGGUUGAAGGAUUUUCGGACGCAACGUUCAAGGCCUUCCCAUCGCACGCUGAAGCAGAGUCCUGGAUCUAUGAGCAACGCGACAAGGAGAUACGCCAGGAGAAUGCUCGAUUAGAAAGGGAUUACCCCGAUACUGAUGAUGACCCGGAUGCCGGGGAGCAACGCGGUAGCAGCUAUCCGCCGCUCCCUCAGGAUAAUACUGGAUUAAAGGUGGAUUACCCGGAUCUGGACGCCUUGCCUGCUCGUUUGAACGCCCGUGGUGGUGAUGGGCCAGGCGCGCCUCCUUAUGUUUCCCCCCCCGAAAGGACUCCCCCCUCCUUCACCCCAAGACAGAAUCCCGAACAUUUAUGCCCUCUCAAACCUGAACAAGAGCGCGUUCUCGCCCUGGUGAAACAGGGACAUAAUGUGUUUUUCACGGGCCCAGCAGGCUCCGGCAAAUCGCUAAUCUUGAAGCACAUAAAACAAUAUCUUGAUGGCGUAGGAAGAACCUACGCUGUAACUGCCCCAACCGGGAUUGCCUCAGUACUCAUUGGUGGUCAAACAAUCCACUCAUGGAGCAGGGUUGGGAAAGGAGAUAAGCCGGCAGUUUGUUACAUAAACAAGUUGAAAAGCACUAUCAAACAUCCCGAUGCCAAGCUACUGGGCAAGUCCGCCAAGUCGGGGGAAACAACGUGGAAGGAGACGCAGGUUUUGAUUAUUGAUGAAAUUUCCAUGGUAAGUCCCGACUAUCCCAUCGAGUGGACAGAGAGGGUCUAUUAGCUGAGUCAGGUACUUGCAGCUAUCCCCGGACCUCUUUGAGAAGUUGAGCGUGAUAGGCCAGCAUGCAAGGCACGUCAACGGGCACCCUGUGGAAGCUCCCUUCGGUGGCAUGCAACUCGUCAUGUGUGGGGAUUUCUUUCAGCUUCCCCCAGUUGAAAAGGACUCGGAAAAAACGUGCUAUCAAUGCGGUAUGUAUACAUUCCCACCUGACUGAAUUUAGAGAUAGGACUAAUUGGAGUUACUAGGGUACCCUAUCACCCCUCGCGAGGAGCGAUCCUAUUUACCGCCGGAUCACGGUUACAUUACCGAGCGCAUUGAGUUCCUAAACGAAAUCCAUGCUCUUCGUGUUGAUUCUGCCCGAUGGUCCCACUGCUCUAGAACCGGCCGUGACAGAGAAGUGUGCGGCCACCUCUGGAAUGAGACUAUCAAGUAUUGCUUCCAGACCCCAACUUGGUUCAAAAUAGGAUUCAACUCGGUUGUUCUUACCCAGGUCUUCCGACAGGCUGACCCGGCUUGGAUAGAGAAGCUCGGGAAAUUGAAAGUUGGCCAAGUGACUCCGGAUAUAAUGACUUUCUUGUUGGGCCUCCGGCGGCCUCUUGGUGAACUAGCAAGUGGCGUUAAACCUACAAGGCUCUAUACGCACAGGAAAACAGUUGUCGAUGAGAACGAUCAGGAGUUCAAGAAGCUGAAGGGUACCGAAUACUGUUUUGAUGCCAUCGAUGAAGGCACCAUCAACAAAGGCACUGGAUACUCGAAAACGGUUAACCCCCAAGAGCUUGAAGAAUAUCGUAAUUCCCCGUUGCUACCCGAUUCUAGGCGAUACGCUAAUUCUAUCUAGACUUUUUUAAAAACCUUCAGGUUCAAAAGGAGAUGAAACUCAAGCACGGUGCCCAGGUUAUGUUGCUUUUUAAUAUCGCACAGAAUGAUGGUCUGGUCAAUGGCUCCCGGGGUGUUAUCAGCGGUUUCCAGCAGAUGAAUUACAGCACCUUCAUGUCCGGCCGUGUCGCCCGGGAUUUCGAGCGUCCCAUGUUAAAGAAAUACUUUGAGCUCAAGCAACAAGACGGGAGAGUGCGGAUUCCACUUGUGCACUUUACUACGCAUCCCACCCCGAUCCCCAUCCUGCCUGUAUCUUGGAAUACAGAAAUCCCACUGUUCUAUGGCUCGAUGUCUUAUGGUGGCAGAGAUAUAUUGGGGCUGAGUAGGAUCCAGAUUCCUCUCGCUCUGGCAUGGGCCACAACGGUGCACAAGAGUCAGGGAAUGACCCUCGAUUACGUUGCGGUUGAUGUUGGCCAUUCAUUUGCCCCCGGGCAAGCAUACGUAGGGCUAAGUCGCUGCAAGAGCCCUGGAGGAAUGCAAAUACUGGGUGGCGGUAGGAACCUGGAGAAGGCCUUCCUAGUGGAUGAAGGGGUCCUCGAAUUCAGCAAGCGGUUGGAGGAGCAGUUAGCAAGGGAUAAGGAGAAUGGAGAUGGAGACGGAGAUGGAGAAGCAGCAGUGGGGCAGGAGGGUGGACUUGGUCAGAAGCGCGAAUACGCUAAGUAUAAAGAGGAAGACGGGUCUGGCGAGUUUGAGGACGAUGUGCACGACUGGGAGCGCGUUUCCAGUCAUCCAACAUUGCCUUAAUUUCAUAGCACUGGGAAAAAAAGGAAAAAAUUGAUUUUGGCCGGGGUGUCGGUGACUGACCAUCGGUGGUGGACCUAAUUCUGCCCGCUCACCGAGGCUGAAAUCCAGGGAGUCUUUUUGUCUACUCUUAAUCGGGGUCUCGGAUGCAUGGGUUUGGCGUUUUCAUUUGGCUUGUCUCUUCUAUAUCCUUGUUUGAGUUGGUGUGUACGGCAUGGAUCAAUGCGGGAUGUAAUGUUUCCUGGGAGUGGCAGAUCAUCGAUCAAAACACUUGUAGCAAGAUAACCAUUAUAUGUACAAUAGUUCAGCUAGAGUCGGGACUGUGGUUUUUUUUCCUUAGCGGGGACAUACCAGCCCGUCAAGCAGGAACAAAUGUUUAGUUAUCCGGUUUGGCUAGUUUAUGGCACUUUAUCUUGGGAUUAAUGGAGGAGCUUUGUUGAACUU